GAGAGAGAAGCGAGCGGGGCUUCUCUGGGAUGCGCUGCUUGCGGGAGCUAAGGGGAAAAGAAGCAGCCGUGAGAGGGGAAAGUUGCGGCUGCGCUUCCCUCCAGUCGAGCGGGGAGUGGCGGCCAGAGCUUGAAGGGUGGGAGGGUGAGGGAGGGAAGGAGGCAGGUAGGAGGUCUGACAUGGGGCAACUUCCCCUUCCCCUCAGAGUCGGACUCUCCCCCCCCUCCCCAAACCAUUGCCAAUUUUCCUCACAAUUUUGUCUCCUUUCCUCUUCGGACACUACUCCCCCUUCUCAUAACUCCACCUUCUCAUAACUCCACCUUUCUUUAUUUUUUCUUGAGGGGGGAAUCCCCACUGGUGCCUUCCAUUAUGUUCUCUCAACACCGUUCAGGGGGGUGGGGGUGGGGAGUGUGUGUGUGUGUGCGUCUGCGUCCAGUCUCUGUGUCCAAUCCCUGUGUCCGUGGGGCACAUAUGUGGUGUAAAAUUUGUAAAAGAAUCAGUGCAUCACAGACGAUAAAGGAAAAAGUGAACUGAUCAACUGUGGCACAUCCAAGAGAACCAAUGCCAUUUCUAAUAGAACAGGGAAGUUUUAGGCCAGUAUUUUAUGCCAAUCCUAUUCAUUUUAAGUUUUAUUCUAUGUUGUUUACUGCUCUUCCUCUAAAAAGCUAUGGUCAUGCAAUGCCAUGUGUAUGUUUUCCAAAGAGGAAAAUUUCCUCUCAGAAAUAUUCCUAAACUGCUUCUCUCCCACCCCACCCCACCCCCAUUUAAAGGCUAGCCUAACAUUGGUUUUGAAAUCUGCAAAUACUGGAUAGAAUCCAGGGCAAAGCAGCAUUGUAUGCAAAGUGUAACAAAUACAGCUCCAAAAGAGCCAAUUGAAAAAUACAGGCAACAAAUGGUGAAGUUUUUUUUCCUUCAAUUUUGCAUGCUGCUUUGUGAUGGUUCCAAUACCUAACUUUCCUGAAAUGCAUAGUACAGCCAGGGCAGUUUCUCCUUCAGUAACAUACAUAAUCUAACAAAUUCUGCUACAUAGCAAAUAUCCAAUCAGCAAUUUUAAUAUCUACUUUAAAAAACAAAACACAUCAUGUCCUGAGGUGUUAAAAUAAUGUUGCUUGUGAUUUCAGAAAGCCUUAUUUGCUUGACAGUUUCGCUACAGGUGUCUUAUAAUCAUUAUAUGGUGGGUAUGUUUAGAUAAAAGCUAUGUGGUGCAGAAGUAGGUCCUCUCUGCGAGUGGGCGGACGGCACCAAGUGGGGACCCCGAGAUACCGCCGAGCUUCCUGCUCUCGCUGCGGAGCUGCCCCAAAACUUCCAGCCACCGCCAGCUGAAGUGAUCCAGAGCUCCCUGCCGCAGCCAGAUCGAGCCCAAAGCUUUUGCACGAACACGCACACCCCGCACCGCUUCUUUCUCUUUUUCUCCCCAGCCCACCUCCCCCCACCAUCCCUCAUCCUCUCCUCCCCAAAGCAGUACAGUUGCAAGGAGACAGAAGAAGCAGGGUGGUUGAGAAGAGGAGAAAGAGGUGGAGGGUGGAGGUAGCUCCAGUUCAUAGUCAGUGGAGAGUCCGUGCCAGGACUUCACAAUCCCCAGUCAUACACUGGACGAAAGGGAGCUGGCAAUACAAUUCACUGGGGUUUUCCUUUUUUUUCUUUUAAGGGCGAUUUUACGCGCGGGGGGGGGGGCCCUCCUUUCCCCCUGUCUCUCUUCCUUUCUCUCCCCAUUGCUUUCAGCGCGACCAGCUUUGCUCUUGAUCUCCAUUCAUGGGGCAGCAGCAGCAGCAGCGUCAAGGAGAUAAGAAAAGCAGGGGGGGGUGAAGAGAAGAAUAUAUAUGUCCCCGCCCCCCCAAGCUGCUGCCGCUUCGAUACAUGAUAAUAUGUUUAUAUGAUUAGCUGAGCCCAGGGGUGGGUAGAAGACAGAGAAAGAGAAAGAGAGGGGGUGGAGAUUGGAGGAAGAGGUGAAGGCUGGAGGUAGCUCCAGUUCAUAGUCAGUGGCGAGUCCGUGCCAGGACUUUGCAAUCCCCAGUCAAAUACUGGACGAAAGGGAGCUGGCAAAACAAUUCAUUAUUAUAUAGGAUGAAUAAAAAUUUAUUUUCAAAAAGAAAAAGAAAAUAACACUUGCAACUCCAGUUUACCAUUGCAGCCAGCAGCUACGGUACAAUGUCGGAGAGUAUUCCUACCGUGCAGCAGCAGCAGGAGCUGCUGCGGCAAUUCAAUGAGCGCCUAGCCAUCUACCUCGAGCGUGUCCGCAGCCUGGAAGCAAGCAACAGAUUGCUUCGCUGGUGUGAAGAAGACAGUCGGGCUCAGCUGAGUAGAGUACGUAGCGACUAUGCGAAAGAGCUGGCCGCGGAGCGCGAGAACCUCAACAGGCAAGUAUUGCAAAGGGCAACUCUGCAAGUCGAGCUGGAGAGCCUGCAGAAGGAGCACAGCCUGCUGGUCUCCAGGAAUUCUAAAAAUGAGAAUGAAUUAAGCCUGGCAGACGCUCGUGUGAACGGCCUCAAUGCUCAGCUUCACUACAAAGAGGGCGAACUGAUGACAUCCUUGAGUAGAGAGCAAAGCCUGCAGAAUGAUCUUCAAGAGUCGGAGCAUGAAAUUGCCUCUCUCAAGGUAAUGGUGAAUGAUUCCAAAAGCCAACUUCACAAUGAGAUGUUGAAUAGAAAAUAUGCAGAAAUGAAAGUGGAAACCCUGCAGAAAAAAGUGGCAUUUCAAAAGACCCUCCAUGAAGAGGCAAUAAAGUACAAGAACAAGUUCCACGAGGACAAGAUUCGAGAAAUGCAGUCUCAACAUCAGCAGGAAGAGAAUAAGCUGUUGAAUGCUUACAAAGAGCUCAGAAAGGAACACGAACAAGAUAUUUUGGCGUAUAAAAAUCAGAUGGAGCAAAACUUAGGUGCCAAAAUGGAAGAGCUUCGGAUUUCUGCGGCAAGGAGUAGUGUGAUGACCAAUGUUGCUCAGGAGGAGUUCAGAGAAGCAAAGAUGAGAGUUGAAUCUCUGGUGUCACAGAUUGCUGCGUUGGAAGCCAGGAAUGGAGAUUUGCAGGCCAAAAUAAGGACGCUGGAGGACACCAUUCUCGACAAACAAGGCUCAUCAGAGAGACUCCUAGCUGACAAGAACAGGGAGAUUGCCGAAAUGCAGCAGCGUAUGCAAGUACAGCAGGAAGUGUAUAUGCAACAGUUGGAUCCGAGGUUCAGUCUGAAUAUGGAGAUCAGGGCAUCCUUGGCAAUGCUAGAAAGAGAGGAAGAACGGUUAAGAGUGCCCAGGCCCGGCUCAGAAAGUGUUGGAACACUUGCAAGCACAAGUCUGGACAGCCCCCUCCUCCCGCGAAGGAGAAGAAGGAUGCAGGCAGGGGAGGAACCGGAACGCCAAGUCCGCAGCGUUUGCUUCAAAAUGGUCCAGCAUGCAUCAUAUUCAGGAAGUAUUUCCAUAGAAGAUAUUGACAAAGAAGGACAAUUUGUCAAAAUCAGAAACAAUUCUGAUGAGGAGCAGUCACUAAGUGGGUGGACCGCAAGAAGGCAGCAUGGAAACCAGUCUGACAUACCGGUCAUGUACGAGUUUCCUGCUCAAUGUACCCUUGGUGCUGGUCAAUCACUUACAAUCUGGGGUGUGCCAGAAAGUUCAAGCCCAGCUCCUGGUAUGCUUGUCUGGAAUUCCCCCGAGUCAAUGAGAGGUGGAGAGGGCAUUAAGAUUAUACUCCUUGACUCUGCUGGAGAUCAAGUGGUAGAAGGAAAGCUCACUUACGAAGAAAGAGGAGACGAUAGAGAAGAUGAAAGAGGAGAUGAUAGAGAAGAUGAAAGAGGAGGUGAUGGAGAAGAUGAAAGAGGAGGUGAUGGAGACAUGGAGGUGGCUGCUGGGGAAGAAGGAAUGGAGUUUCCUACUCAGUGAAAUGAAAGUCGGACCUGCUUCAUAAUGUAGCCAAGAGAAGAUGGUGAGCAUCUGUGGAAGCUUCUUCCAACCAAAAUGGUGCUCUACGUAUAUGAAAGUAACAACCUGCAGAAGGAGACUCCGUUCAGCUUAGAGCUUUACCC